AUGGUGCUCGUGUUAGCGGCUAUAGCCGCGGCCUGUGCCGCGAUUUGGUUGUCCCAAGGAUUCUCAUGUAUGCUAUUGGCUCUUCCAUUACUCGGUGCCCUUUACCUUAUUGUCUUCCAUACGAGAUGGUGUUACGUAGCCUUGAUGACUGCUCCGCGAGAUCUAAGAGCACUUCUUUCAUAUGUAAAAAUAUUGUGGAUAACUAAAAAGUUUGCCAGAAAAAAUCUAUCCAUACCAGAUAUAUUUCAUGAAGUUGUAAAUAGACAUCCUGAUAAACCUUGUUUCCUGUUCCAAGAUGAAGUUUGGACCUUCAAGGAGGUAGAAGAUUAUAGUUUACGUGUGACAGCUGUAUUAAAAGCCCAAGGUAUUAAGAAAGACAGUAUUGUUGGGUUGUUGAUGAACAACUGUCCCCAACAGCCGGCUGUGUGGUUGGGAAAUGCUCGACUCGGAGCGAUAUCACCACUCAUUAAUACCAACCAAAGAGGAAAAGCUUUGGUACACUCUAUCAAUGUCGCAAAAUGUGACGUCUUAAUAUUCUCUGAGGAAUAUCAAUCAGCCAUUCAAGACGUUCUAAGCGAACUCAGUCCGUCAUUAAAAUUAUUCAAAUUCACAAAUCGACCCCUGAACACUUUCAACUCCAGAUCGGAGGGUAGUGGCGAUGAUAUCACAGACUUCAUUAAUCUAUUAGAGACGACGCCCCCUGCGCCCUGGGCUAAGGCAGACGGUGACGGAUUCCAAGGAAAGAUUCUGUAUAUUUAUACGUCUGGAACUACAGGAUUGCCGAAAGCUGCGCUUAUUACUAGUGCAAGAUUCGUGUUUUUAGCUGUUGGUCUUCAUUAUAUGGGUAUAAAGAGCACAGACAGAUUAUACUGUCCAUUACCGUUAUACCACACGGCUGGUGGUAUAAUAAGCGUGGGUCAGGCUGUUUUAAUGGGCUGUACGGUUAUAAUAAAAGCGAAGUUUUCGGCAUCACAGUACUUCCCCGACUGUGCCAAAUACAAGGCAACUGGCGCCCACUACAUAGGUGAGAUGUGUCGCUAUAUCCUGGCAACACCGGCGUCACCCGCCGACAAACAGCAUACUGUUCGCGUGAUAUACGGCAACGGACUUCGAUUACAAAUAUGGGAAGAGUUCGUCAAGAGAUUCAACAUCAAGCAGGUUCUUGAAUUCUAUGGAGCAACUGAGGGGAAUGCUAAUAUAGUUAACACCGACGGAACUAUAGGAGCCAUCGGUUUUGUUUCACGGAUCUUUCCAAACGUGUAUCCGAUUGCUAUAAUCAAAGUGAACCAGGAGACAGGAGAGCCUAUCCGAAAUAGUAUGGGUCUUUGUCAACUGACCGAACCUAAUGAGCCAGGAGUGUUCAUCGGAAAGAUCCAGUCUCAGAACCCAGCACGGCAAUAUCUAGGGUAUGUGGACAAGGCUGCAUCAGAAAAGAAAAUUGUGAAGAACGUGUUCAGAUAUAAUGAUGCUGCUUUUAUAUCAGGUGAUAUAAUCGUAGCUGAUGAAUUUGGCUACCUGUUCUUCCGCGAUCGAACAGGGGACACGUUCAGAUGGCGCGGUGAAAAUGUUUCUACUACGGAAGUAGAAGCCGCUAUAUCAAGGGUGGCAGACCAUAGAGAUGCUGUCGUUUAUGGAGUUUUGGUGCCAAAUGUAGAAGGACGUGCGGGCAUGUGCGGCAUCGUUGACGUAGACGGUACUCUAGACCUGGACAAACUAGCAAAGGACCUGGCUAGAGAUCUGCCUGUGUAUGCGAGACCUGUUUUCAUCCGCGUUAUGGAUAAUAUGGAUAUGACUGGUACAUUUAAAAUGAAGAAGACUGAUCUGCAGAAGGAAGCCUUCGAUCCAAAAUUUGCAAAGAAAGACAAAAUGUAUUACCUAGAUCUGAAACAAAACCGCUACCUUCCUCUUACCGAAGACGUCUACGACAAAAUUGUCAGCGGACAAAUUAGGAUAUAA